AAGGGAAAGAGCUGUCGACCCGAUUUCGUGAGCGGCGCCCAUAUUCCAUUCAGGCCUGAUCAGGAUUAGGCCCAAGUAAUCCUUUAGCAUGUUUUAAAGUACAAGCUGAAGUUCGGUCAAAAGUUUUUUUCUGUCCAACGCACCGGUUUAGGAUGCCCGACGUAAUCACUGGACCAUGUUUGUGAGUGUCUCCAAUGAGAAUUGACAUCGUUAAGUUCUCUGGUCAUCACCUUUUUUUCUCACCUUUCCCCCUGAAUUGCAGUGGAUUCGCAUUUGUUAUCAGAUAGAGAAGAAGAUAUUAUCCAUUUGUUGCAAUGAAUCAGAUUGAUGAUUCUAUGCGGAAUCAAAUAGCAGCUCUUUUGCGAGUUAUAAAUUUCACGCGAUGUUUCAAAGAAGACAAUGUUCCAAUUGAAAUAGAAGAGGGUCUCUUUCUGGGUUCUAUUGCAGCUGCUAAUAAUCUGGAUGCACUUAAAAGUUUAAAUAUCACACAUAUCUUAACUGUGGCUAGUUCCCUAAAACCUUCUCAUAGCAAUGACUUUAUGUACAAAAUUAUACCAGUCCUGGACAAAGAAGACACAAAUUUAAGUCAGUACUUUGAUGAAUGCUUCGAUUUCAUUGAUGAAGCGAAAAGACAGGGUGGCAGUGUAUUGGUUCACUGCUUUGUUGGAAAAUCAAGAAGUGUGACUAUAGUUGUUGCCUAUCUAAUGAAAAAGCAUGGUAUGAGCUUAUCACAAGCCUUGAAACAUGUGAAGAGCAAAAGGCCUCUGGCAGCUCCUAAUUCUGGUUUCAUCCAACAAUUGAAGGAGCUUGAAAAAUCUCUUCAAGCCAACAAACAACAGAUGAAAGUUAAUGAAUGAAGAAAAGCUGCUUUACCUUUAGUUGGUCCAAGAUAUUGAUGAUCAAGUAUUUCCAUUAUGCUGUAGAUUUUAAGGCUUGCUAUUGCAGGUGGGUGAUUCCUGAUUGGCCACCAUUUCUGUUAACGUCACCGUUCAGAUUGUAUGUGUUAGCUCAUAUUGAUACUGGAGAUUUUUCUUUUCUUUCUCUUUUUUUUUUUUUCCUCGGUGGAAAUAGAAAAUGAAAAGGGGGCAAUUUCUUGCUCAUGCUUUUUGUGUUUACUAUUAUUAUAUAUCUGAAAAAUGCAGGGAGAUUUUUUUUUUUUCA